CCGAGCGAGCCGGACUGUAUGGUGAAAGCCUGAAAAUGUUUUAAAAAUUCAACUGAAGCGGCUGUGCUCUAAGACGCUCGCUUCGUCUUUCCAUCUCACAGAAAUGGCGUUUCUCACCAAACUCUCCCGAUCAUCCUCCAGAAUUAACCCGGGCUUCCUUUUCUCCCGCCUCCUCAGCAAUGUCCCGGAGAACGCCGUCUACGGCGGACCGCAGCAUCAGAACCCUAGCCAGAGAGUUACGCUGACCAAUUUGCGGCAGAAGCACAAGAAAGGCGAGCCCAUCACCGUCGUCACCGCUUACGACUAUCCCUCCGCGGUUCACCUAGAUGCUGCCGGAAUCGACGUCUGUCUGGUCGGCGACUCCGCUUCCAUGGUUGUCCACGGCCACGACACCACCCUCCCUAUCUCCCUCGACGAAAUGCUCGUCCACUGCCGCUCCGUCGCUCGCGGUGCCAAGCGCCCGCUCCUCGUCGGAGACUUGCCCUUCGGGACCUACGAAUCCAACACAACUCAGGCAGUUGAUACGGCGGUGCGGGUUCUGAAGGAAGGAGGGAUGGAUGCAAUUAAACUGGAAGGAGGGUCUCCGUCGAGAAUUACUGCGGCGAAGGCGAUUGUGGAGGCCGGAAUUGCGGUUAUGGGCCACGUAGGGCUCACUCCUCAGGCCAUUAGCGUUCUUGGGGGAUUUAGGGCUCAAGGGAGAAACAUUGGCAGCGCCGUCAAGGUUGUGGAGACGGCAUUGGCCCUGCAGGAAGCAGGUUGUUUCUCUGUUGUUCUGGAGUGUGUCCCUCCUCCGGUGGCUGCAGCUGCUACUUCUGCUCUCCGAAUACCUACCAUUGGCAUUGGGGCAGGGCCUUUCUGCAGUGGCCAGGUACUUGUGUACCACGACCUCUUGGGCAUGAUGCAGCAUCCACACCAUGCGAAGGUCACUCCAAAGUUUUGCAAGCAGUAUGCACGUGUUGGAGAUGUCAUCAACAAAGCACUACUGGAAUACAAGGAAGAAGUGACGAGUGGUUUGUUUCCUGGUCCAGACCACAGUCCAUAUAAAAUAAGUGAAGCUGAUCUGGGUGGUUUUGUGAACGAGUUACAGAAGUUAGGGUUGGACCAGGCAGCCUCUUCAGCAGCUUCGGCGGCUGAGAAGGUUAGUAAAACUCACGACUGAACGAUAGAUGAGCAAGUUUAGGACUUUAGGAGAAAAUGCGUUCUCUUUUGUCUGAGUCAGUCAUCCAAGCCGGCAAAUUGAUACUGGUUUUUGUUUCGGAUGUUAGAGAAUAAGCUUUAUUUGUAGCUUCACCUGCCUUAUAUGGCUGUCCUAUAUCAUGCCCGUUUGGCCUACUAAAGGUCAUUCCAUGGCGACCAUGUUCGUCACUCCAAAUUCCACCGGGAAUCUCUUGUGACAAUUUUCUAGUUUCUGAAAACGGUGACGAUAAUAAAAAUGUGAAGGAAAGGGGUUGUAGAAAAA